GAGCUGGUAAAAUGGUCGAUUCUGUGCAGGUGCAGGCGGGUCCCAUGGUUCGUGGUCAGUUAUGAGGGAGUGGGGAGGGGGCAGGAUAUGGGCAAGCAGUUGGAGAAGCGCUGAGAAGCAUGCCAGCUGUUAUGUGCCGUUAUGUCGGCCGACAACAAUAACGGUAAAUAACGGCUACAGUUAAAUAUGAACAACGAAACGAUUAACAUGUCCGGGCCGGAAACGGGUCCGGGUCUGCUAAACAAAUCGAAUCCGGUUUUCUGCUGUUAUCUAUUCUGGAGCAGCCUGCUCGUACUGAAGAUGCUGUUGAUGUCCCUGUUGACGGCACGUCAGCGCAUCAAGACGAAAACCUUUGCCAAUCCGGAGGAUUUGCGUGUGGCCAAAACCAGCGAUGUCCGUUUCAAUGAUCCCAAUGUGGAGCGUGUGCGUCGCGCGCAUCGCAACGAUUUGGAGAAUGUGCUGCCAUUUUUGUUAAUGUCCCUGGCCUACGUGGCCUGCGGCCCCCACCCGCUGACCGCCAAGCUGCUGAUACGCAUUGGCGCCAGCGCUCGGCUGCUGCACACAAUUGUUUACGCGGUGCUGCCGCUGCCGCAGCCGACGCGCGCGCUCUGCUUUUUCAUAACGUUUGGCAUUGUGUGCUUCGAGGCGAUCUAUGUGCUCAUCGCUGCUGUUAAAUACAUCUAGAAGGGGCGGGCCAAAC